AUGGCAGCACGAAAGAAAGGAAUGCGUUUUUAUGUGCCUUCUCUAAUUUCUUUAUGCAAGCAAUUGGUGGUAGAAAAUUUGACAGCAGAUGGAGCCAGCCUUCAAGCAUUACCUGUUGAUCUUCAGGAAAAAUGUCUCCAUUACAUGGCCCGAAGAGGCUUACUGACAGACAAAAAUCUAAAGAAUGCUCUCCAUAAAGACCUGAGAAAGCUUGAUCUGUCAAACUCCAGUGUCACACAAGAUGGCAUUUCCCAGCUCAGAGACUGUCCCCAAGUCAGAAAACUUAAUCUCAAUUCACAGAACCAAGAAGAACGAUUCUCAUCAGCAAGCUUGUCAGGUGUGUUCAGCAUGUGUCACUUUAUACAGGUUCUCAAUCUCAGCUACUGUUGUUGGGUCGAUGAUGCUACCAUCACCAGCCUUUCUGAACAUUGUCAAGACAUCCGCUGUCUCAACCUGAGUUACUGCUCCCGAGUCACUGAUCAAUCUAUGAAAGCCUUAGGCAAGAACUGUCCCCGCCUUGCACAAGUUAACUUUUCUAGGAAUUCCCUCACUGAUGAAGGCAUAGCAGCCUUAUUAGAAGGUCACUGUCACAGAACUCUCGAGGAGAUGCUUCUCAAGAACAUUGAAGAAAUUUCAGAAAACUCUGUGAAGCUCAUCUUGAGUGUUUGUCCAAAGCUUUCUAUUAUAAAUUUUAGUGGCUGUCCAAGGAUUUCCGAUGAUGCAUCGUGUGGACGAAGUGUUCACCGUCCGCGGUCAUCGCCGCUACGUGAAGGAACAGCAUGGCGUUCUCGUCCUCGACGGUCGUCAAAUGCUGUUGCGUCUCGAUCUCAAAAAUGCACAAGUGGUGAGCGAAAUAAGAAACCACCAAAAUCUGAUAGUUUCUGCUCACCAAAAAACCAUCCACUGGAUUUUCUUUUUCUUUCCUUAACUCCUGAAGCCGGCAUCUUUCCUCAUCCUUCUCGUGUUCACGUCUCCUUGCGCGGGCGCUUACCGUCUCAGAACGCUGUUUCCAAGGUGUCAUAUUCGCCGAGCUCUCUCUUGCCUGGAUACGUUUCGAAGAGGUCCGCGAUCCCAUUUCAUAAGCCCAGUUCCAAUCCUUGA